AGAGACCAGUGUAGUGUGAGAGUGUUGGGUCGGCAGACGGCAGGAGGACGCAGAAGCCCCGAGACCGCGCUGCUGACCGCCGGUACUUGCGUAACUACCUGAUGUGUUCAUUAUCAGUGCAUUAAGUAAAUCCAGGAUGUUGUACUGCCCGCCUAAUGUCACAUUCAGUAACAUCUGGGACAACCAUGGGAUAUCCCACUGCUUUUGGGAUACUGUCACUGCAGCAGUGUAUUCAUUAUUCAUAAUUUUAUUUGGAUGUGGACAAUGGAUUAUGUACCGCAAGUAUGCCACUGUGACUGACCAGUAUUUGAGGCCCAAGUCAGUACUCUUUGGUAUACAAGUGGUACUUACAAUCUUGAUGAUAAUACUCACAAUUGCAAGAUUAGCACUGCAAGCAACAGUCAUUGGUGACCAUGUUAUCUAUGGAUAUAUGAUUCUAUACUUUGCCUGCAACCUGGUGUGUUGGCCUCUGUCUCUUCGUAUUGUGUUCUUGGAGCGCAAUUAUCUCCUGCCAACAAUACCUACCCGAGGGCAUGGGGUUGCAUUGCUUGUGUUCUGGACACUGGUGUUUGUCAGUGAAAAUCUUGCCUUUCUCAAUCUAAGAAAUGAAGACUGGUGGUUUGACCUUUCAACGGUAACAGAUAAGUUGGAGUUUUCCCUGUUCAUUGUCCGCUACACAUGCGGUUGCCUGCUAUUUAUUCUGGGACUGAAGGCCCCUGGAAUCUCAUCCCUCCAAGAUUAUGUAAAUUUUGGAGGAACAUUUAUUGAUCCUGAAAUCACUGAUGAUCAGUCACGGAGCCUGGGGGGCAGUCAAGGGUCAACAUGGCGCAACACAUGGAAAAAGCUGAAAAUUUUGUUUCCCUUUAUGUGGCCGAAGAAGAAUGCAUUGUUGCAGUUGGCAGUUAUCACCUGCUUCGUACUUUUGCUUGCUGGGAGAGUGGCAAAUGUAUUUGUUCCGAUAUAUUAUAAACUGAUUGUUGAUGGCUUGGGUGGCAGUGGUGGAACUCCAUUUUUCUGUUGGGAGUAUGUUCUCGUAUAUGUUGCCCUGAAGUUUGUGCAAGGAGGUGGUACAGGAGGAAUGGGAUUCCUAAACAACCUCCGUACACUCUUAUGGAUAUCCGUGCAGCAAUACACUAGUAGAGAGGUUCAGGUUCAACUCUUCACCCACUUGCAUAAUCUGUCACUGAGAUGGCAUUUAGGACGGAAAACUGGGGAAGUUCUGCGUGUGAUGGACCGUGGCACCAAUUCUAUUAACACACUUCUGUCUUAUAUUGUAUUUAACAUAUUGCCAACGGUGGUCGAUAUUAUUGUUGCUGUUGUCUACUUCACAGCAGCUUUCAACUAUUGGUUUGGGAUCAUUGUCUUCAUGACUAUGGCUACAUACCUAGCUAUCACAAUAGCACUAACAGAAUGGAGGACUAAAUACCGUCGUCAGAUGAACCUUGCAGACAAUGAACAGCGAUCAAGAGGUGUAGAUUCUCUACUUAAUUAUGAGACUGUCAAGUACUAUGGUGCUGAAAAUUAUGAGGUCAACAGAUACCAACAAUCUAUUUUAAACUAUCAGGUUGAGGAAUGGAAAUCUAAUGGAUCUCUGUGCCUGCUUAACACAAUGCAAAACUUUGUAAUUAAUGGAGGGUUGUUAGCUGGGUCCAUGCUUGCAGCAUGGAUGGUUGCUACUAAUAAAGGCCUCACAGUUGGUGACUAUGUUCUCUUUUCAACAUACAUCAUGCAGCUGUAUACUCCACUUAACUGGUUUGGUACAUACUACCGUAUGAUUCAACAGAACUUUAUUGAUAUGGAAAACAUGUUUGAUCUACUGAAUGAGAAAGCAGAAGUAGUUGAUAAGAGGAAUGCCCAGGAAUUGAUGGUGCCUCAAGGACGAAUUGAAUUUAAAAAUGUGUCAUUCCACUAUUCUCCUGAGAGACCAAUCCUAAAGAAUGUGUCCUUUGUUGUAGAACCAGGAAAGACUGUAGCUGUGGUUGGCCCCACUGGCAGUGGCAAGAGUACAAUUAUGCGUCUGCUGUUUCGUUUUUAUGAUGUCCCUGAAGGCAGUAUCUUGGUCGAUGAUGUAAAUAUUAAGGAUUACACACAAGUGUCUCUGCGACAAGCCAUAGGAGUUGUUCCUCAGGAUACUGUACUUUUUAAUGAUACUAUUUUCUAUAACAUACACUAUGGAAGAGUAACAGCAAGUGAGAGCGAAGUUAAAGAUGCAGCCAGUAAUGCAGACAUUCAUGACAAGAUCAUCACUUUCCCUGAUCAGUAUGAUACAAAGGUGGGUGAGAGAGGUCUGAAACUGAGUGGAGGAGAGAAGCAGCGUGUUGCAAUUGCUCGUACUUUGCUGAAGAAUCCAAGCUUCAUCUUGCUGGAUGAAGCUACCAGCGCUCUGGACACUCAGACUGAAAGAAACAUUCAGAGUGCACUCCAGAGGGUGUGUACAGACCGUACUGUGGUGGUGGUGGCUCACCGUCUGUCUACCAUUAUUCAUGCUGACACAAUUCUCGUACUCAAAGAUGGAAUGAUUAUAGAAAGGGGAAGGCAUGAUGAGCUUAUAGGAUUAGAUGGAAUGUACAGCAAUAUGUGGCGACAGCAACUGGAGGCCAACAACAACAGUGAUGAUGACAAUAGGGACAGCCUGGUUGAUAAUGAACAGCCUCUAGAUCAACAAAAGUCACAACAAGGGGAUGUUUCUAAACUUUAAUGUAUAAAUAUUAUGAGCCAUAAUGUUAAGGUUAAACAUUUUAGUGUAUAUAUGAAUAAAUAUGGCUAAGGCUAGCCACUUACUUAAUUUAUAAUUAAGAUAAGGAUAAAAGAUAGAUUCAUGUAUGACAAAGAGACAAGUUAGCCCCAGUUAAUAUAACUGAAAUAAAAGUAAACUGCCCUCUGUUCUUUUAUUUUAUUUUGUUCAUUUUUGUCAAUCAGUUAUUUUGUUUUACCAUCACAUUAUUGAUCACAUUAUAGAACUUCUCUUAUUAUUCAAAAGAUCUUGAUGAAUUAUAUAUUCCUUUAUAUAUACUUUCCACCACUGAAGUAUAGAAAUAUUUUUGUACAAGUGCUGUACAUUUAAUUUAUUUUCCUAAUGACAUGAGGACAAAUACAGAAAACUGUAUUUCUGCAAAGUCUUUAGAAGGUGAAAGUAUUGACAGUCUAUAAUAAAUGUUUGCUCUAUAGAUGUAUGCAUAUGUCAACUGCAUUUAAAUAUGAAGAUGAGGAAUACAGUGAUAAAUUACUGGGUAUUUUGUAGUUCUUAAAUUCAAAAUUUGCCAAUAAUUUUCUGUUAUAGAGCAAUAUAUAUAUAUUUGUGUAGUGUUAAUGUUACUGUAGAUUGUCUUUAAUGACAUCUCCAUAGAUCUCUUAUAUGAAGUGUUUCAUUCUAAAUCAAUCUUUGUAAAAAAUUAAAAAUCCCAUUUUA